AUGUUUUAUAUAUAGAAGGGACAGAGUACUGGUGUGGCCAGAAUCUGGUUGAUAAUGUAGUGACGGCUAUACAAACACAUAUUAUGGUGCUUAUAAUGGAUACACAAGAUACUAAACCACUUAAGCUAUGUUUACGGUGUGCUGUAGAACUGAGCAAACAUCAACCAAAGGUUGCUGACACAUUUGUUACCUGUAUUGCUAGUCUCUUGUCGGAAUCACAAGGUCAAUCAGAUAUAGCAUUGUGUGAAAGUUUGGCUGCUAUAGGAUCUCUCAACCAAUCAUUACUGCCGAAAUCUGUGGUACCCCAACUGCUUGGAGUCUUACAGAAUUCUCUUAAUGCAGGCCUGGAACCACAUCAGAUGCAGGUGUAUUUAUGCACAGUACUGUUUCAAGUGGCAAGUGGUACUGCUAUCCCUGUAGAUGUUGAGGGUUUAAUCUUGUCAUGUACAGAAAGAUCUGAUCCUUGGCUAGCUUACAAGACUGCUAGGCAGGCACUGAGAUAUGGUCAGUGUGGAAUAGCAGAAAAUAUAUUCCAGGCUUUGGCUAAAAAAGUAUCAUCAGAACAUUUUUAUUUCUGGCUGAUUGGACUACAUGAGAUAACUCUAGGAGAAAAAUGUCUACAUGUUGACACUGGAAGUGUAAUAGCAAAACUACAACAAGCACUCUCAUUCUACCAUAAAGGUCUUACUUCAUUAAAGGCUGCUGUGGUGCCAAGCUUCCCUCUACAGUUUCAAUCAGAGUAUAUACAGUUACGAGCCUCCCUCCUCGAUGUACACACACAGUUGUUGCGUACAUGUAACACAUUUAAGACAUGCCCCCCUCCUGCCAUCGCAGCGGCUCAGGCUGUUGCCAAGGGGCAGGAACUCACUAAAUGUGAACAUACUGUUACACAGCUUGGUAAGACUGCCAGUGAUUAUGAGAAGAUAAGUGAAAGACUGGCUGCCCUAUAUCAACAGUCAUUUGAUGCUGACCCAGCUUCCUUACAAAAUAUACAACAAUUACAAACAAGCUGUGAACUAAUGAAACUUGCAAUCUCUUCUAUUGUUCAAAAUGGACAUGAUGGUCAAGCAUUGCUGGCAGAUAAAAUGGUGCUUGGUGUAGGGGAGGUUACUGGAGACAAGUUUAAACAGCUUCUUAAUACAGUUCAUACAGAGUUAGCUACCUUACUGCGGACAGAGGGCACUGAAGUCAUUUCACAUAAUCAUGUAGAAUUUCUCAGUGAAGCAGCAUCUAGACUAGCUUUAGCACCAAACUGUUUCCCUCGGUACUUCUUCCAGAGUUUACAGCAGACGGCCCUUAAGUUAGCAAUAUCUCCCCAGCAGACAGCCACAGAGCCAGUUCUUGUACAGAAUGAUACAUACCUGACACUCAAGGUUGAAGGUAUAGUUCAACAUGGGACCAAGCCUGGUCUCUUCCGCAAGAUACACAGCAUUAAUAUCAUAGUUACAUCAAAUGUUGUUUCAAGAACACAGACAAAUACUGAUCAAAAGGUUACAGAAUCAAGUGUGAACAAUCUGGAGCAGUCAGUUGAACCUCAUAAUGACUACUUCAGCCUCAGUUUUAUACUUCGUUUCCCGCUAGUUGGCAUUCACUCAGUAAGCAUAGAAGCGGCCAUUACUGACACAGAGGGAGCCACAUGGAGAACUGGUCCUAAAGUAAACCUUCAAGUCAAGUCUUAUGAUGAUGCUUUACAAAGGCAACAACAGAAACUCCCACAACGGCCAAGUUACAGUCAGCUGCUGACAUCUUAAUAUGACAUAUUAUGACAUUUUUUUCACAGGCUCAAUAACCAAUUUCUUAAGUGUUGUAAUAUAUGUUUAAAAGUAAAGUCUAUAGUCUGUUUUUAAAUUCACAACAUGACAAGCAGUGUCUGUGUAUGAUGAAGUUUAUAACUUCAAAUGUGUUUGUUAUUGUAAUAUUUAACGAGUCAUAGUCUUUACUAUGUUAAUAUUUGACUACAAGAUUUAACAGAAGGAAAUCAUUACUCUUUCGAAUGUGAAAAGUGGUUGUUUCUUAUUUACUAGAUAUACCAUUUUUUAAAGAAAAUACAUGUAUCUAUCUCAAGCUAACUGCUUUGUUUAUUAUAAAUCAAGAUUGAAAUGAAUACCAUCAUGAAUAAAACAAGUGC